AAUGUCUCGCUGACAGUUCUCACCCUCUGCACAUGCCAGAUUCCUAUCCUGAUUCCCGCUCACUCUGCUUAUUCUGAUCACUGGAUUUCAUCUGUUCAUGGCCCGUCCUAUAUUAUUUUCCUGACGAGUCGGGUUGGCUGAGUGAGCACUAGCUCGGCGCGGACCAUCCAGCAUUUCAUCGUUCAGUCGUCACAACGUUGAGAUGGCUCGACCAAACCAGCGGGGAUCGGCCAUUUUGGAACAAAAGACGCUUCCAUCGACGUACGGCAUCCGAGCGCUGUCUAGCUUUCCAGCAGGCCAAGGCAACCUAGAUUUAGCUCCUUGCAGAGGUGAAUUUCAGGGGGGGACUACAGAGGAGGCGUAUUCCAGAAUAGAUCCUCCAGUGACGUGGUCACAACGCGAGCGGGGAAGUGGUGAAUGUCGUGCAAAUCGUAGACGGAGAGGAGUGAAAGCUGUCCGUUUGAUCACGAAUUACCAGGAAAGCCACAGAAUCGCCGGUUGCCUCAACGGACCACCAGGCAUAGCUCAGCUCGUAUCAGCCGUCAAUCGUGACCCAGCAUCGUCCCCCCUUACCUUCAUCCCUCCUUCACCUGCUUCUGAGGACGUUCCCUCGCGUAAUAAUGCAUCUGCAGCACCUCCUGCUGCUGAAGUGAGGGUUCUGAAGCGGUCUGGGGGGGUUCGAGGCAAUGCAGGGCGUGUGGAGUUGAAAUGGUGGGAGAAUUUCAUGGCAGGAGCGUCGGCGUCGCUGCUUUCGAAGACCAUUCUGCAGCCGUUUGACACCACGCGCACCAUCCUGCAAGUGAGGAGGCCUCCAAGAAGGUUCGUGGAAACUACAACAAUCUGUGGGAGUGUGCCACGGGAAUUGUACGCACCAAGGGUUUCCCCGCUCUGUACGCUGGAUUGAUGGUGUCAAUUGCAGUCUCCGCCCCAUCCUCCGCCAUCUUCCUCACAGCCUAUGAGCAGGCCAAGCGCGCAGUUGAAACCACCAUCAACACCCUCACAGGCUUCCGUUCGUUCGAGACGCGAGAGCACAGUAGGGAACAUACAGUGGGCAGAGAAUCACUGGCAGGAAGAGAUGUUGGCUCUGGAAAGUGGGAUGUUGAUGGUUGGUGGACUGAGGAGAAACGAGCACAGGUGCGAUCGCUGCUCCUGCCUGCAGCCCCAGCCCUGGCAGCGGUGGCGGGCAAUGUGGUGUCCAGCAUCGUGCGGGUGCCGCCUGAGGUGGUGAAGCAGCGCGUGCAGGCAGGGCAGUUCAGAGGGUUCCUUGCUGCCGUCACCAGUAUGUGGAGGGCGGAAGGGCUGCUUGGAUUCUACACUGGAUAUUCUACCAUGGUGGCUAGGGACAUUCCCUAUGCAGCCAUACAGUUCACCACCUUUGAGACUCUCAAGCGCAGGCGAGAGAGGGUGCUUGCAGCACGUGCUCUGCCCAACCCAGCUAGCUUUGCAGGUUUGGCAGGCUCAGGAGGACAUGGGAGCAAGUCUGUAGCAGCUCGCCAAUUGUCACAUGGGGAACUGCUUCUCAGCAACAUGUGGAUUGGAGCUAUGGCUGGUGCUAUGGCGACCAUAUUCACGUCCCCCUUAGAUGUUUUGAAGACCCGAGUUAUGACUCAGGAGGCUUCUCCUGGUCAAGCGUACCUGGGCACAAGACAGAUGCUUGCAAAAGUAUGGGCUGAAGAGGGGAUUGUGGCCUUUGGCCGAGGAAUGGCACCUAGAUUGCUUUACAAGGUUCCAUCCUCUGCUGUUUUCCUUGUUUGCUAUGAAGCAAUGCGACGUAUUAUGUAUACUACACGAUACGCAACAGCCAGGCGAGAUGAGUAAGACGUAGAGGUGGCAAUUUUGUAUGUUGAAUAGAAUGUUAAGGUUUUUGGAUACUUGACGUUGUAACAAUAUAACGUUUUAUAUAAU